AUGGCUGCCCCGGAGAAGAAAGUGCAAGUCGUUGGGUUCCCGCCCGAGGUGCAGGGCCCCCCCAAGGAGGUGGAGACUGAUUCUGAAAAUGAGCAGGAUCACAGAGAAGAGCCCGAGGUUACAGGCGACGAAGACGAGGUCGUGAACGUGCCCGAUGAGCUCGACGAGGAGAUCCAACAGAUGCUCGGCUACCAGCAUGAAAACGAACUCUACCUCGACAUGUCGCACAUGCGCAUAAGCUCACUCAAGCAGCUUAAUCUUGCCCGUUUCGGCGACACGCUGCAGCGUAUUGAUUUACGUCAAAACCAAAUUAAGCAUAUGAGCGGGAAAGAGCUGAGCCAUGUCCCUAACUUGAAGGAGCUUGACUUGUACGACAAUUCGAUUGAGCACAUUAGUGGAUUGGAAAACCUUUUGGAACUUGAAUCGCUUGACCUGUCCUUCAACAACAUUCGGCACAUUUCGCGUAUCUCGCACUUGCCCAAGCUCGAGACGGUUUAUUUUGUCCAGAAUAAGAUUGCGCGCGUGCGUCCUUUGGACUUCCAGCCGCCCCUGACGCACUGUCUCAUCAAUCUGGAGUUGGGCGGAAACCGCCUUCGUUCUCUGGAGAACCUCAGCUCGCUAGUUAAUCUCGAGCAGCUUUGGAUUGGAAAGAACAAGCUCACCUCGCUCAAGUUGGAGGGUCUGGAGACGUUGACGGAAUUGGAGGAGCUUUAUUUCUCCCACAAUGCUGUGACGGAACUUUCUGGCCUUGAGAACAACCACAAACUCUCGGUGCUGGAUUUGGCCGCGAAUCAGGUGGAGUCGUUCGACGGCGUGCAACACCUCAACCUGAUGUCGCAGUUUUAUGCCAAUGACAACAAAGUCAAGGAUCUCUCCGUUCUGGAUAAGUACCUGAGUGUACAAUGUAUGCCCGAGCUCGAGACUUUGUACGUCGAAGGCAACCCCAUCCAGCGUGAGCUCGGCACGGCAUACCGGCGCAAGGUGCAGCUCAUUCUUCCUCAAGUCCGCCAGUUGGAUGCCACGCUCGUGCGUCGCUAA